AUGAUGUCCGGCAACAUUUUAAAUAGCGUAACACAAUCUAUUCGUACUUAUAAUGUCACACGAAUAAUUGGUGAAUUGACCAGUACAACAACGAAUUCACUAUCUCUCAUCCAACACACAACAAUGUCUGCUAAUAAGAUACCACUACCACCUACAGAUAUAUCACCGGCAGCGUGUAUUGCUUUUGUAAUACUUAUAUUAGCUACAGUUGGUGGCAAUACGCUCGUACUUUCAGCGCUGUUCCUUGACAAACGUCUUCAUAUGCCGUCUUUUUAUCUGAUUGCUAAUAUGGCUAUUGCUGAUCUCUUACUUGGUCUAUCUGUUUUACCGUUUUCAUCUGUUCUCGAGUUACUCAACGAUCGAUGGAUAUUUGGACAAAGUUUCUGUUCGGCAUGGCUAGCACUUGAUGUAGUCUGUUGUACGGCAUCAAUUAUAGCUUUAAUGGGCGUUUCUAUUGAUCGAUAUGUCGGUGUAACACGACCAUUGAAUUAUAGUAGUAUAAUGACUACACGACGAUCAGUCUAUUUAGUAAUUGUUGUUUGGGCUGUAUCAAUAUUAACAUCUGUUGUACCACUAUUUGGUUUAACAGAUCGCGAGAAGCAAUCGAAUGGUUUCGAUAUUGCACACGAAAGUUACGAAACAUGUAAAGUUAAUAAAAAUACAUUUUACACAAUAUUUUCAUCGAUGAUAUCAUUUUACAUACCUGUCAUCAUUCUGCUUAUACUCUAUUCACGUGUCUAUCAAGAAGCAAAGAAGCAAGGAGAAAAAUUAGAGAAUGAAAGACGUCGUCUCUAUCAAAUCGAUUAUCAAAUAGCGUCAGAACAACUACGACGAAAACAAAUUCAAACGAAUGGACAUGCAAUAGAAAAACAAAAUCAUGAGCACCAUUCAUUAGGAGCUAAACCAAUUCGUUCUAGUAUACCGAAUGAGAAUGGCAAUGACAUAACAACAACACUUUUAAAUAAUGGAACGGCUGCUGAAAAAAAAUCUAAUUUUGAUCAUGGUUUAAGCCUAAACGAUGAUACGCAAUUUAAAAAAGAUUAUUCAGAUCCGAUGAACAAUAAUCAUAAUGAUGAUACUGCUCAUUCAGGUUCAUCAAUUUCACAUUAUUUUACUAAUGUACAUCGUUCAAUCAGUAAACGUUUAUCAUCAACAUUUAAACGAAAUUCUCAAACAAAUUCACAACAUAUUUCAAAUGAUCAUCGUCAAACUGGACAAAUGUCUCGAAAUGACGAAUUAUUAAUUAUAAAACGUAAAUUACAUAAUCUUAAACGUGAGAAAAAAGCUUUUCGUACACUUGGUCUUAUUCUUGGUGCAUUGCUGAUAUGUUGGCUGCCAUUUUUUGUUACAUUACCUGUUGUUUCAAUACUUAAACAUCUUGGAAUAAUAACAGCUGAGAAUACUGAAAAUACAUGGUUUAAAAUAACAUUUUGGCUUGGUUAUUGCAAUUCAGCAUUAAAUCCAUUUGUGUAUGCUUUUUCAAAUCGUGCUAUACGCCGAGCUUUUCGUGAAGUUAUCUUUCGACGCUUUUGUUGUUGUGGUUUACAAUGUUGGUUAUGUCGACAUUUUUGUCCAAAGAAAUCAAAUCAAUAUGAUCGUCAACGAUCAUAUCCAAAUAAACGUGAUAAUAGUUAUUCAAUAGGAUCAGAUGUACCACAAGUAGCACCAAGAAGAACAUAUUCAUUAUCGCAUGAAUUAAUUCGAAAAGUAUCUAAAACAUCCAAUGAUACUGAUCCACCAUUAUCUACACCAAUUCCAACAGCCGGUAGUGGAGAAGGUCCAGUUGUUUCAUUUGUAAAUUUCGUUGUUCCAACCAUUAAAGAGGAUCCAUCAUUGGAAGAUGAUAAACCACCGCCGUCGCCACCGCCGCCACCGCCGCCACCACCACCACAGGAAGAAUCAAAGUCAACAUCGAUACCAAAAAGUUUUAUAGAUUCAAGUUCAGAAUCAUAA